CGUUAUAAUCCGUGCGUGCAUGUUCACACAAUAAUGUCGUUUAAUAGAGUAAACACUAUUAAUAUUUGUUUGUAUCCGGAUACAUUAGUCCGAGCGCCUUUUGACGCUUCUCGUGCUAGCUUAGCUCGCUAGUUAGCUUAGCGUGUUAGCUGCUAACAAAGAGAGGCGGAAGUGAUGAAAACACAUCGCUAAGCAGAGAUCAAGUGUGAGUGUAAAGUGUUGUGAUUGUGUGAAAAUGUGCGAAAGAACGAUAGCAGAGUACGAGGAGGAGGAACUUUGUCCAACAAAAGAGGAGAAGGAGCGACAACAUCAACUACUGGACGCUGUUUUCAAGAAACAUCAAGUUGUGUUACACAGAACAGACACCCCUCAUCUGUCCACGCAUGGGGGGAGCGCCACUUGGGAGCGCGAAGAGCCACAGACCCCCCGUUUUAACGAGGAAGAGGAGGAUCCACAUCCCUCUCGUGUUAAAGAGGAAGUGGAUGACCCACAGCUCACCCUUGUUAAAGAGGAAGAAGGUGAUCUACAGCCGUCUCAUUUUAAAGAGGAAGAGUGUCUUCUAGAGCAGGAGGAGGCUGAUCUCCCCAAGUUUCCACUGACUGUUGUCUCUGUGAAGACUGAAGAGCAUGAAGACAAACCACCUGAGUCCUCACAGCUUCAUCACAGUCCAAACGUCCAGCAGCUGUUUGGCCGUCAAGAAGAACCUCUGCUUCAGUUACUGGGUGAGAGCUCCACUUGGAAGCGGGAGGAUCCAUAUCCCCCACACUUUAAAGAGGAAGAUGAUGAACUCUGGAUCACUCAGGAGGGAGAGCGUCUUCUAGGGCAGGAGGAGGCUGAUCUCACCAAGUUUCCACUGACUGUUGUCUCCGUGAAGACUGAAGAGCAUGAAGACAAACCACCUGAGUCCUCACAGCUUCAUCACAGUGAAAGUGAGGAGAAGAGAGAGGCGGAGCCUCCAAGCAGCAGCUCAACUCAACACAUGACAACAGAAGCUGAUGGAGACCACUGUGGAGGAUCACAAGCAGACAAGCUCUUAGCUCCACUAUCAGAUAGUGAGGACACAACGUCACACUCUCCUGACACUGAUGAUGAAGACUCUAAAGAUGAUAAGACAUGUCACACUGACAACACACACUUCUCAUGCUCUCACUGUGACAAAACUUUUAAAUACCAUUAUAAUUUGAAAAUACACAUUAGGAUACACACUGGAGAGAAACCUUUUUCCUGUUCAGUCUGUGGCAAAACGUUUAAUCGCCGUAACAAUCUGAUAAUACACAUGAGAACGCACACUGGCGAAAAACCGUUUUCCUGUUCAAGCUGCAACAAAAGCUUUUGUGACCAAUCAAACCUUGUGGUACACAUGAGAACGCACACAGGGGAAAAGCCUUUCAGUUGUGCGGUUUGUGCAAAAGGCUUUGUGAGAAACUUUGUUUUGACUCAACACAUGCGGACGCACACUGGAGAAAAACCUUUCAUUUGCUCAAACUGUGGCAAAAGGUUUUCUCAAAGGGGAAAGCUGCAGUCACAUAUGAGAUCACACACAGAAGUAAAACGUUUCAGUUGUUCAGUUUGCAGUAAAAAGUUCUAUGAUGAACAUAAUAUGCAAACUCACAUGAAAACACACAUAGGAGAAAUGCCCUUUAGUUGUUCAGUUUGUGCCAAAGGCUACGUUAGAAACUCCGAUUUGGUUUCACACAUGCGGACACACACCGGAGAAAAACCUUUCAGUUGUUCAGUCUGUGGUAAAAGAUUCUCCAGCAAACGAAAUAUGCAAUCACACAUGAAAACACACACAGGAGAAAAACCUUUCAGUUGUUUAGUUUGUGCUAAAGGCUUCGUGAGAAACUUUGCUUUGACUCGACACAUGCGGACACACACCGGAGAAAAACCGUUCAAUUGCCCAAAUUGUGGCAAAAGGUUUUCUCAAAAGGGAGCAUUGCAGUCACAUAUUCAAACGCACGCGGGAGUGAAAAGUUUCAGUUGUUCAGUUUGCAGUAAAAGAUUCUCUCACGAACGAAAUAUGCAAACCCACAUGAGAACACACACGGGAGAAAUACCCUUUAGUUGUUCAGUUUGCGCAAAAGGCUUUGUUCGAAACUCUGAUUUGGUUCAACACAUGCGGACACACACCGGAGAAAAACCUUUCAGUUGUUCAGUUUGCGGUAAAAAGUUUUCUCAGAAGGGCACAAUGCAGUCACACAUGAGAACACACUCAGGAGAAAAACCUUUUAGUUGUUCUGUUUGCGGUAGAAGAUACUUUAGCAAAUCUAGCAUGCAAACACACAUGAGGACACACACAGGAAAAUGACUUUUCUUUUCGGAACGUCCUCUUUGAACAGACUGCAGCAUAGUCAUUAAAGGGGAACAUUAUCACAAUUUCAGAAGGGUUAAAACCAUUAAAAAUCAGUUCCCAGUGGCUUAUUAUAUUUUUCGAAGUUUUUUUCAAAAUUUUACCCAUCAC